GUAAGCGAUGGCUACAUCAAUGGCUCCUUAUAAAAUCCGCUACUAUAGGAUCCCUGAGACUACCAAUUCUUUUGUAAAGUGUACAUAUUGGAUUUUCUAGCCUGUUGCUCUAAACUUUCACCAAACUAGUGCUUAGAUGUCAGCAAAGGUUGUUUUAGAGGAAAUUAAAGAAUAUAAUAAUUUUAUAAGAUGAUCUUUCCGAGAUGAUUAGUCUCAAUAUCAAAUAAUUGAAGGCAUCUAUAAACAAGAAGCUGCACAAAUUCUUCUAUAUUCUUUUAAGAAAGUUGAAAGAAAUGUUAUAGCUGCUAAUUGUUGAUAAUUAGAUAGUAAAUACAAAAGAUCGAAUAGAAGAUAGAAACCACUCUCUAUGGACAAUUUUCUCUGUCUGGUUCCUAAACUUAGCUAACUCUAUCACCAAAUUUCUCAAUUCUCCAUGCGAUUUAUCUCUACCACAGCUAAAGCUUAAGGUGCAUCUAUAAAUAAGCAGAAAAUGAGCAACUUUAUUCUUCAUGAGCCUCUGCUUAAUAUUCCUGUAACUCUAUUCAUCCCAUAGUCAGUAUUUCCCAAAUCUCAAGGAAUUUUUUUAGUGAAAUGAACAAAGACCUUAGAUAUUCUAGAAAGAAUUCGAAAAAUACUAAAAAUGUUCAUAUAACUGUGUGAAUGCUUCUAAUACAAUUUAUCUUGAGAGUCUAAAAUUAGCCUUGGACUCUAUUGGGUUGCAGAAUUUUAUAGAGUACUCCUUGUUAAAGUUGAUUUCAUUCCUUCUAGCAAAUACCAGAAAAUGGAUUCUAAAAGUAAUAAAACUAUUGUGGAUGAUAAAGUUAUUAAAAACCUAUUUGCGGAUCAUAGUGGCAAGUCAAGCGGAAACUGUUUAUCAGACUGAAAGUAUUUUGACCUCCUGCCUUCCGAAGCCCAACAGUCCUCCAAGAAGGAUACUCCAACUGAGAAACUACUUAAGAAGGAGUGGAUGGAGACUCUUUCUAUUGAACAGAGAAUGCUAGCCAUUUCCACGAUUUUCACAAAAAAUUAUGAUAUUGAGAACAGAAUUAGAGAUGAAUUGGUCCAAAUUUAGCAUCCAUAAUUCUGACCAUGAAGCUAGCCAAUACAGAGACAGGUUCCAUCAUUUUUCAAACUCCAAUGAAGAUUUCUUGGGUAUUGCAGAGAAUGGCCCAUCGAGGAUAAAUGGGUACAACUCUCAUAUAAGUUUUGCGACUUCUUGUUCUGUAGGGAACAGUGCAAUUUUUGAGCACAUCUCUUUCAUUGACACACAUUUUCCAGAAGACACCCUUAGUUUUCACUCAGAUUUGGUCGAAAAUGUUGACGUCUUCUUCGACCUUUUAGAAGAAAACACUAGAGUUUGAUUCAAAGAGCAAGACUCCAGAAGUUUCGGAUCUUCCCCUAGCCUAGAAGGCAUUCAAUGGUACCAAAAGAGACCAGACAAGAUAGAAUCGAGGCUCAAAGCCAAAAUCUGGUGAUUGAUCGAAGUUGCUCUUGAUAAGACUUAUCAAAGAUCCUGUGGUAAAAAAAAGAGCAAAAGUCCUAAGAACAUGAUUAAGCCUGUUGAUGCUAAUUUUUACAUUGAUAAAGAGCAAAUAGUUGAAAAUUUGGACUUAGUGAAUAUCAUCACUCCAUUCAUUUCAGAUGAAAGCAAUGAUAGGAAGAUUGCUAUAGAUUUUCUGAAAUAAAAACCCUGUGAAAAGAGAAGGCAGAAAGGAGUUGAUAAAAGUUACAUCAACUCCCUAUUCACACAAAAAGUUAGACCCAGAAGAUUAUGAAGUAAUAGAGCAAUGGGAAGCUGUUGUCAGUAGCUUCAGAACAUAUCUCGAGGAGAAAAUAUCAGAUGACAGGCUCGCAGGGAAUGAAACCCAACAAAAUAAUGAAGAGCUUCAUGAAAUCCUCUACAAGCUGAAACUGUAUAACUAUGAUGAGAAAAUUGAUGAAGACAUUAGGUGUUUCGCUAGCUAUUAUUAUAAUGACUUAGCACACCAGGGUAGAGAGAAAGCUCUGGAUAUGCUCUGAUUCGAGUCCUCAAUCGAUCAUGCACCUAAAGAUCCUAAGAAGACAAGCAAAAAUAAAUAAAAAUAAGGAAAAAUCCAAACGAAGGAACAAUAAGAAGGAUAAAUAAAAAUCAGCUCAAGAAAAAGGAAGAAACUAAGAACCAAGUAACUGAAGAGCCUGAAACAGAUGAUCAGUUUGAAAAAUUAGAGGUUAAAGUUUCUGGCAACAACAAGCUAGGCAAAGCUUUUCUCAAUGAAAUCGAUACUUCCAUACAAAAUAAACAGGAUGAAGAUAUAGAAGAAGAAAAAGAAAUUCCUCAACAAGAUUUACAGGAGGAGAAGUCUAAAACUCCAGAAAGUUCUACUAAAGAUAACAUUCCAGAUAGUAGAAGCAUCAAAUUUUAAAAAUUGAAUAUUUAGUGAAGAGCUUAUAAUACCAUUUAAACCUUCAAACUUAGGUGCAAUAGAGCCAAAUGAUCAAAAAGAGGCCUCAGAGGUCUAGAUAAGAGUCUAAAGAGUAAAGAUAC